AUGCAGGCCCAGCACCACGCGGGCGAGCCCGACCAGCACCGCGAAGCUCCAAAGCAGCGGCGCCAGCGCCGGAUGCAGGCCCGACAGCAACACGGCGAAGGCGAAGGCAUGCAGCGUGUGACCACUCGGGAAGCUGAAGGCAUCGGGCACCCGCACGCAGGCGCGGAUGCCGUCGCAGCAGGCGAAGGGCCGCUGCCGGCGCGUGCCGCGCUUCAGCGUGUAGUACAGCGCCAGGCCGAGGCGCUGCUGGAGACCGAGGGCUACUUCAACGCCAAGGCCGACCUCAGCCGCGAUCCCGACGACGAAACCCGCCUGCGCCUGACCGUGACGCCCGGCCCGCUCACCCGCGUGGGCGCGCUAGACAUCGCCUUCACCGAAGGCAUUGCCGAGGACGACCUCAAGACGCUGCGCGACACCCUGCGCAGCAGCUGGGCGCUCAAGCCUGGCGCCGCCUUCACGCAAUCGCAAUGGGCCACGAGCAAGAGCGACCUGCUGCUGCGCGCACGCGCCGGCGGCUUUCCGCUGGCCCGCUGGGCCGAGACGGCGGCACGCGUGGACCCCGACGCCCACACCGCCGACCUGCGCCUCGUGCUCGCCAGCGGCAACCGCGCGCGGCUCGGUGCGCUGCGCAUCGAGGGCCUCAAGCGCCAGGACCGCGAGACCAUCGAGCGCCUGACGGGCUAUCGCAGCGGUGACCCCUACACCGAGCAGAAGCUCGCCGAGUUCCAGGAACGCCUGGCCAAGACGCAGCUCUUCGACGCCGUGCGCGUGCAGCUCCUGCCCGAGACGGUCGACCCCGACGGCACGACGCCUGUGCAGGUCACGGUCACCGAAUCCGCCUUGCAGCAGGCCACCGGUGGCCGGUGGGCUACCACAGCAACAACGGCCAGAGCAUCAGCGUCGAGCACCUGCACCGCCAGCCCUUCGGACCUGUCGAGUGCGGGCCGCGCACCAAGCUGCAGUUCAGCCGCGACCUGCGCGGCGGCGAACUGGAGCUCAGCUCCCACCCGCAGCCCGACCUGA